UAUUCUAUUGAACCAAAAUUAAAAAGUAAUAACCUAUGCAAGGAACGUAUACGAUAUUAUUUGUAUCUCAAAAGAAUAACAUAAUGCCAGUUCAUCCGAUGUUUUGGGCAACCACCCGCGUUCACUCAACGUAAACAAAAAGAUGGCUUUAGAUUUCUCUGCAACGUACAAAUUACUUGUUUUGGGCGAUUCAAAUGUCGGUAAAACGUGUAUUGUGCAUAGAUAUUGUGACGAAAGAUAUUACGAUAUUUAUAUAUCGACAAUAGGGAUAGACUUCAAGCAAAAAAUAAUUAACCUGGACGGAGUGCCAAUUAAACUUCAAAUAUGGGAUACAGCUGGCCAGGAGAGAUUCCGGACCCUCACUACAGCCUACUACCGAGGUGCAAUGGGAAUUAUUCUUAUGUACGAUAUUACAAACCUGGAAUCUUUCAACCAUUUGUCUUAUUGGCUAAGAAAUAUACAAGAAUACGCUUCUCCUGAUGUUAUCAAAGUUCUAGUUGGAAAUAAAUCUGACGUUAAUGAAAACAAUAGAGCUGUACCAAAAGAAAGAGGCCAAAAGAUUGCAGAUGACUUCGAUAUGCCUUUUUUUGAAGUUUCAUGCAAGAAUAAUAUAAACAUCGAAGAAGCUUUCCUCACAUUAGCAAGAAAGAUAAGGGAAUACAGAGAAUCUAAGGCGGAUGCUUUCGAGUUAAAAGAGAGAGAGAACGUUAUCAAGCCUUCUGAAUCCCAGACAGACGUAUCCAAGUGCAGUUGUUAGUCUUAUAGUACAUAAGAGCUUGAGGAAGCGGCGAUUACGGAUGGAAGAUUUUUACAGCAACAAAGUUAGCUUUGGUAGUUAUAUAAUAAUGAUAAGGGCUACUAUUCAGUGGACUUUUACAUAUGCCUAAUAUAUGAGGUUUAAAGCUUACAUUGCAGAACAUUUUGCCAUCUGUUGCAGACUAAAAAACUAAUAUUUUCUUCAAAAGUCCUUGCCCUUGUCUAUAUAAUAACGCGUCGUCUGAACUAUUUCUAGAUAUCAGUUUUGUUCUAGAAAACUACUUCAAUUACCAAAAAAACUUACGACCAGUUUUCCUACAAUAUAGCUAGGUUUAAAAUCAAUCCACAAUUCAGCCUAGUUUGUGUUAUCUAAUUAAAAAUAUAAUUUCUAUUAUAACGGUUUCUUAUAUAUUAAUAACGGCCUGUAAGCAAUGAAAACGUUAUCUUUGUAAAGUGAUAAAAUUUGCGAAUCUUAUUAGCAAUAUUGCUGAUCAAUGUUUUGCCUCUUCGGAAUAAGUAGGCGUUGGCAUAACUAAACUAAAAUCGGUCAAAAUAUUUGUUAUAAUUGAUUAUCUAGAAAAGUAUUAGCAUAAUAUUACUAGUCAAUCAAACAUUUUGUAGAAAAAUUUGUGUAGUCCUCAAAAAUAGUAUAAAAAAUCCUAAAAUAGUCAAUUUUCUUCUACCGGAUUAGGGAAAAUCUUAAUUUUCUGAACAGGCUGUUUACCUUAAAGCGGCUUCAC